AUGAUCCACUCUUCAGAUUUUGUUGAAGUGAAAUCAGACAAAAUUUACCAAAAAUUAUUGUCAAACCAAAACGAUGAUGAAGGAGCUAGUAGAAAGAAUGAAGCCAAUGCAUUCAGUGGGAAGAAUCAGUACAGAAACAUACCUAACUUGGAAGACAAUGUGAAUGAUAAAAACAUAUUUAAACUCCAAGAAAAUAACUGCUGCACAAUGUAUGUAUCAGAAAAUGCAAAUGAUUUUGUAUACUCAAACACUUUAGCUAGUGACGCUGCUGGAAAAGCAGCCAAAUGCUACAGAAGACAAGUGUAUUCCAAAUCAACAAGUCUAAUCAGUAAUCAUACAGACAACUGUUGCCUUGCUGCUGAAAUCUUAGUUUCUAGUCAGACCACUGAAGAUGCCCAGGCAUCUGAACAUAGUAGCCUCAAUAAACUUCUGACUGAGAAUACACUGUCCAAUUACCAAGCAAAUAUUCACACAGGAAAUCAGCUUAACUUGGUAGAGGAUGCCUCUCAAAUCUGUGACACUAACUUUGAACUUUAUCCAAGUAAAACUCUAAUCACAGCUGAUGAGUUUUCUGAUGAUGAUCUUGAGUAUCUGGAAUGUUCUGAUGUGAUGACAGAUCUUGCAAAUGAAAUAUGGGAAAAGAAAUUAAAAUUUUUAUUAGAAAGUGAUGAGGAGGAGGAGGAUAUAAAGCUGAGUAAGGAUUGUGAUGGGUGUGAUUAUUUCCUCAGUGGAAUGUCUUGCCGGUUUCAAGUGUCAGAUAACACUGUGCCUAUGGAUACCACCAUUGGCUUCUGUGGUCAUCACUCAAAAUCCAAAGAAGUAGCUGUAAGGAGAGAUCUCUCCACGUACAGUCAGUCAACCUUGCAAACAGGGAUGACGCUUACUGUUGAGCACCACCAAGAUAAAACUACCACAAUGAAAGACAAGGAGAAGUACAAAUUGCCCAUCGCUUCUACGGCGAUUGAAAAUGAUUAUCCUAGAAUUGAAGAAAACAAUACAAAUAACCACUCAGCGGAAGAUUUCUCUAUUGGCAAAUCACAAAAUAUGGAUGUCGUACUUGCAGAAGUGGAGUCCUCCUCUUGUGGCUUAGAUAGUUCUCUGACAAAUCAAGCCUCGGAGACAAUGAUAGCAAAUAGUAUGGACAGGGACCUGUCAAGUAAGAGUUCACAGCAAUUAAACGGGAUAAGGAGAAAACUGGCAGAAGAAAAAUCUAAGGAUGCUGUAGUCAAUUUGACAGAGAGGCUGAGAAGAGACCUUUUAAAUCUAUUAGACCCCAAAGAACUUAGCAAACCAUUAAGACACACAGGAGAAUCUGUUCAAACUGGAACAAAUGUUACGGAUACUAGUGCACUGUUUCAUAAUCCAGGAGGUGCCCUUUCAAAACAAAAGCACCAGGUGACAGAAAGCUUUCUAAUCCAGGCUGGCUUAUGUCAUAGACAAGAGACAGAUAAAACCAGUCAUUGGGGAAGGAAAUGGACUAGUGGCCUGUCUGACAAAAAUCAGCUGCCAAAUGAAAGUGUCCCACCCAGGGUACAGGAACAAGAAACAAACAUAGAAAGCUUUAUGCAAAGAUAUAAGAAAGAGUGUAUGGACCCUAAAAUAGACGAGAGUUUCAUUUUCACGACUUCUCCAGUAAAGGACAUCGCAACAACCAGCCUUCCAGUGUUGAAUAUGAUCAGCAGUGAAAAUGGAUUACAAACAGGAUAUGUGACUUUACAAAGCUGUAUUGCUCACGAUGUGCCCCAUGAUCAGAGAGAUCGCGAUCAGCAACAACCAUGCAGGGAACAAAGAGUUAAUAUUACAAAGCUACGUGAUGGCCAAGGGGACAGAGAAAAAACAUGUGGUGCUCUUGAGAACAGUGAUACAGAUACCUUCUAUGAUGAACCAUGUAAUGAGUAUCUGCCCAAAGCAAAUUGCUGUGCAAUUCUGGGAUCUGUGGAACCUCAGUAUAGAGACUCUGAUUCAUCUUCAGCACAUGACAAGCCAUUGAAACCUCUUUAUGAAGAAGAUUCAGACUGUCACCUCAGAUGUGAAAACAGGAAGCUUGAGAGCUUAGAAAUCAGUCCUGCAGUUGUCAAAGCCACAGCAGUGAACUUUAUCAGAGAGGCCAGUACUGAACAUCCUGUUGCAGUAAAUAUAACAGAAGACAAUGAACAUGUCACAGCACUGGCAAAUGGACUAAGAACAGCAAUGGAGGGUUGCCGUGAUUCUGAUAGCCUACUAAAAACAGAUGAAGAGUGUAGUGGUACAUCCAUAAGAAACACUUCUCUUAGACAAACCGUAGAAACAGAUGGUAUGGGCCUGUGUUCUAGCACUGGAAAUAAAAUAGAAGAACCAUCCACUCAUGUUUUAACAAAUGAUAUCUUAAAUGCCAAGGAGUGGUUGGAGCAGAAGCCAAAUAAAACAUUAACUGAUGAUGAUGGAUCUAUUCGAAUGACUGCUGCCCAGGAAGGAAAGCUUGCUUCUAAUAAUUCUUUCCAAUCUCAUGAUGCAGAAUCUCCUCCCAGAUUAAUAAAGGCUCAAAGUAGUCAUUUGAAAAAAGACCAAGAACACCUAACUUACAUACCAGAUAGUUACAUUGGUCAAUUACCUUAUAUGGAACAGAAUAUACAUUUAACAAAUGAUCAGAUAAUUAAAUGUAUAGAUGAACUAUCUACUAAAGACUCUCCAGUUAUACAGAGCUACCCAGAAAUAAAAGAUUGUAUUUAUCUCCCUGAUCUUGUACAAAAAGAAGAUUUAUCCAAUAAUUCCUCCUGUGAAAAUAUCAAUCAAUUUAUAGGUGAAAAGUACUCUUCUGUUAAAGAAGUCAAUAAAAGUUCUGAAGAGGAUUUUCAGGAAAAAGGAAAUGAGUCAGACCUGAAUGCACAAAAUGACUGUAACUGUGGCACUUACCAUCUUUCAAGAGAUAAUGACAGUAAAGAUUUCCAAAGUGUUUCUGAUUCACAGGACUGCAGUUACAUUAUACAGCUACAUAAUUUAAUUAGGAGUCCUGAAACUGUAACAUAUCAGGACAGACUGAAAAAUCCAGAUCAAGACAACAGUAAUACAGAGACAGGUGUACAGCAGGUGGUGUUCAAGGCAUUGUCUGAGGAGCAAUUUUUAACUGACAUUUUAUCAGAAAAACCAAGAGAUGAAGAAAACAAAAUGGGUAGAGAAAAGAGAGGUCUUGGAAUAGAUGAGGUACAAAAUAUUGCAACUUUAGGUGUCCCAGGACUGGACAGCAUUUCAGAAAUUCAGCCUUUAGAUUCUCAGCACGGAGCAUCAGAAGGAAAUGCAAUUAUCUUUGACCAUGGUUGCAAGAUUGGGAGAAAGUUAAGAAUGGACUCUUCAGCAGGUUCCACUGAUGACUCUGGACUGGUGACACUAGUUAGCUUCUUUCAGCCUAUAACACAUGUUGGGAAUGAAAAUAAUAGGACUGCAAGUCAAGACUGUAAAGAUGUUGGUGACAAGGUGGAUAGUUCCAUCCUUCGCACCCAACAUACGAACUUACAAGAAACUUCAUCUGUCUCUGUGGAACCUAUGAGCCAAACAGAAGGAUCCACUAUCAACACACUGGUAAAAGGAUACUCCAGUGUAGAAAGCCUAGUGCAGUCUGAAUCCGCACAAAUGGUACUUAAGGGGAAUGAAAAUGUGAACAAGUUGGAAACUACAUCUGAACCAUUGCCGUGUCAAUGCCAUAAAACAGCUGAAGAAAACAAGGAUGAAACAAUCUUGUGUGAAAAGAAAACAGAACAAAUCCAAGAAGCCACUGAAUAUAAUCUAGGUGAAGGUGAAGUGGAGCCUUAUAUGCGUGCUUUGAUUACUCCAGAGGAAGAGGAACAUAUUACAAGUUAUUGUACUGGACAGUCCGAUCCAUCCCGCGCUCCUUCCGCUCAGAAAAUUGGAACACCCUGUAAUACAUACAGGAGUGGAAAUACAACUAACUCUACUGAAUAUCAUAAAACCAGACAACUCAUGGCUGGCAGGAGUCAAAACACGAUUUCAUCAGACCGUGUAACAGGGGUUUUAGUUAGCCUCCCAACAUAUGCCUCAGAGAACAGCCCUUUUCAGGAGGAGUUGCCACAGAACAAAUCUCAGCCGUGCUCUUUAGCAUUGACCACAGCUGAUCCAUUCACACUAAGAGAAGAGAGGACAAAAACUCAAGAGGGGUCAAAACCCUGCAAGCACUCACUUGUUGGGCCUGAGGACGUUAAGUGUCAGCAAGAAACAGCAAACAGUGGACAUUCGGCUGAUGGGGGUAAGAAGAAAAUGUUGUCAAAGGUGCUGGCUAAGAAACCCCGGCUAGAAGCAAAGGAAAACCUCAGCAAGAACUCCAGUUGCAUUAAAAAGGCCCUGAAAGCUAAUGCAGGCAUAAUUCAGAGGAAAGAGAGGGAAGAGCAAAGAAAACUACCUGCUAAAAAAAACAGCAAAGCCCCCAAGUUACUGAAGAAAAUCCAUGCUGAGCUAGUCCCUGAUUGUUCUGGAAAUAUUAAAUUAUGCUGUCAGUUUGGGGAAAUUCAUGAAGACUCCAUCGUUACAUGGAUUAAAGAUUCAAAGUUACUAGCUCGAGUGAAUAGAAGUGCAGGGGAUGAUUCGCCAGUGUCUUUGGCAAUAGUUCAAACUAGCAUAAAAGACCAGGGAUUGUAUUAUUGCUGCUUGAAGAAUGUUUAUGGAAAGGUGACUGCUGAAUUUAACCUGAACUCUGAAGUAUUGAAACAUCUUUCAAGUUAUCAGGAUACUGAAGGUUUGGAAGAGAUUGAAUUCAUUCAGCUCAUGUUCAGAGAAGACUUCAUCAGCGAUAGCUAUUUUGGUGGCAACCUACAUGGAAGAAUUGCAACGGAAGAGUUGCACUUUGGCGAAGGGGUGCACCGGAAAGCAUUUCGAAGUAAAGUGAUGCAAGGCCUGGUGCCUAUAUUCAGCCCCGGUCAUCCCUGUGUUCUUAAAGUGCACACUGCUAUUUCAUACGGGACCAAAACCAAUGAUGAACUUGUUCAGAAGAACUACAAACUGGCAAUGCAGGAAUGCUAUGUUCAAAAUACCGCAAGAGAGUACGCCAAGAUAUACGCAACAGAAGCAGAAUCUUUGGAAGGCUUUGGAGACGUGCCAGAGAUCAUUCCUGUUUUCCUUGUUCAUCGUCCUGAGAAUAAUAUCCCUUAUGCAACCGUGGAAGAGGAACUGAUUGGAGAAUUUGUGAAAUAUUCUGUCCGGGAUGGCAAGGAAAUAAAUUUCAUGAGAAAAGACUCAGAAGCUGGUCAGAAGUGUUGUACCUUUCAGCACUGGCUGUAUGAGAAAACCAAUGGAAAUUUGCUCGUUACAGAUUUUCAAGGUGUAGGAAUGAAGUUAACUGACGUUGGCAUAGCAACAUUGGCCAAAGGAUGGAAGAGGAAUAGUUGGAACACAGGGCUGAGAGCCAGCCUCCUGAGCCCUGUUUUCUGCUCUGCAGCUGACUCACUGAUUGGCCUUGGAUACAAAGGGUUUAAAGGCAACUGCGCCAUUUCCUUCAUUGAUCAGUUUAAAGCCCUCCACCAGUGCAAUAAGUACUGCGGGAUGUUGGGGUUGAAAUCCCUCCCAGGCAGUCAUCAAAAACAGAGGAAACCAACAGCCAUGAAAAGCAAAGUCCCUCCAAACUCACCGAAUGUACAGAAAAGAGUGGCCAGCACACAGGCAACCAAGACAAUAUAGACCUCCUGUCUUCAAAGCAUCCAGUAACACUGCACCACUUCGCACAAGCUCCUCUCCAGAAAUGCACAGGUACCGAAGGACAUGACAGCGGAGUUAGACUGAGCCUUCUGCAUUAUACCCCCAUUUUGAAGCUGUUCUUUGAUAACAGCAACCAGGAAACUAGCUGCGUCUGUGGCCUAGCAGGCUACAAUUCAAAAGCGAUGGAAAGUUUUCAAAGCCAAACAAAGCUAUCUGCCUCGAUUAACUUUCAAGUAUUUUUACAUACGUCACGUCAGUGUAUAUUUGUGUAUUUGCACACUCUGUGUCUUGGUCUUUGUGCAGGAGAUGGGUCACUGGAGCAUUUCUGGCCUCCAUUUGGCAACUCCCAGAUCUCUACACCAGCGACACUGUGGCAUUCAGCAGCUAUGUAAAAAUAAAACUACUUAAGCCACCACUUAAUAAAGGUUUUGGAGUAGAGCUUGAUACUGGCACUGGGGUCAAGGAGGCAUGAGAAUAGUUGCUUUAUUUCCUAACUCUUUGCACAAUUUUAAUCCUUACUAUACUCAUAUUCCUUGUACU